UAAAUAACUAUAGAGUCUAUGUAAAGGAUUGAAUGAACAAUAAGACAUUAGGCAGAAAGGUUUGAACCCUAGUGCUACCAAAGCAGAAGGUAAUAGCAGAACCAUUAAAAGGUGAAGGAAGUAAGGCUAGUUACUGGUUUCUGCUGUUCUUCCAAAAAGUGAUCACAGCCCCUACCUUUCCACUGAAAGGUUGUUUGAUGGAAAGCCUGUCCCCGUCCCUGCAGGUGGCCGGCGAUACUGCAGUCUGAUGUCGGUUGAAUGAGCGGCACUGUGCUUUGAUGUUUGUUUAGAGAGGCAGCAGACUUUUUCCUUAUUCCGUUUCUUCAUUCUGUCUGCUUUGUGCGUUUGUGAGGAAAACGUGACAGUGAGACUGCGUCUGCUGCCAGAGGCCUUGAACAGGAGAUAACGAGCUGGAAAUUCCUGCUUACUGUCAUCAUCAUGUGGUACAACAUUCUACAUGAGGUCAAUCAUGUCAGCAAGCUGCUCCAGAGCCCACCAGUUGGGAUCGAUGUGCUCCAGUACGAGGUGGGAUAUGUUCUUAAAUUCCUAAAGGAAUACAGAGAGAACGGCCUUUCAUCCGCCCAGACAGAUGCUAGAGACAUGGCGGAAGAGAUGGAGAUGCCAAUGGUCUUCCCCACUACACCAGGCCCAAAACCCAAACGCCAGUCUCCGUACGAGCCCCAAAAUCCGGAUCCUUCCUUGACAGUGACACCCGAGGAAAAGUUCAGGAGAGAUGUUUUCCUCCCACUAGUGAACUCUGCCAUCACAGGCACUAGUGAGCACUUCAAGUUGAUGGAGACAUUUCAUGGUCUGUUUGGGUUCAUUUACAGAAGAGAGGAAAUGAAAAGGGCCGUGGAAAGUUACACCCUCAAAGAAAGCUGCGCAAAUAUUGAAAAAACCCUCGGCGAUGUGGAUGCUGAGGACCUUGUGCGCGAGAUCUCGGCUGCUGUCACUGCCGUGCCAGCAAAAGAAACCACUGGCCUGCAGAUUCUGAGCUACAUCUACAGAAACAGAUUAGUUGAACUGUAUCCAAACCUCAGCAUUGCUCUCCGACCCAUGAUGACAGUGCCUGUGGCGGUAGCGAGCGGAGAGAGGAGUUCCUCUCGCUUGAAGCUAAUAAAAACACACCUGAGGUCAACAAUGCUCCAGGAGCAGCUGUCAGCUCUCGCUCAGAUUUCCAUUGAGCACGAGGUGACAAAAUCGCUGGACAAAGAUGAACUUAUCAGGGCAUUCUCAGCACUCAAACACAGAAGGGUGGAUUUCUGAAAAGGGCUCAGGUGAAAUAUACGCCCGCCGCCCGGUGAGCUGUCCACGGUGCUGAAAAAACGCGGAGCCCAUCGUUAUUUAUAAGUUUGGUUCAUUGUCAGUUAGACACUUUUUCUUCUUUGCUUUUGUUAAAUAAUUCAAGUUGAGGGGAUGUUUUAGCUGGGUGUUUUUUUAAAGUCAGCUCAGACAGCUGAAAAUAUACUGCGCAAAUCAAUUAAGCAGAGAAGUUGGCUUCCAUGAAAGGGCGAGGCUUAUUCCAAUGUAAAACGCUGUAUAAUUGUAUAUAGUUUUAAUCAAAUUAGGUUGGAUUAUUUCUAUGUUGAGCUGCCUGUUCGUGAAGCUGAAAGUACACGUAAUAAAAUAGCUUUUUCUGCUCUAUUAUGUUUAUGUUUUACGUGGGUAGGGCCCCAUAUUAGUUAUUGAAACGGGCCCCCAGAUGCUUAAGGCCGCCGCUGCCUAUACCAUUCAUAAUUAUUAGUAUAGCUCCUUUAUCAUUGAUAUUAUUAUACUGCAGGUUAAAUUGAUAUUCUUAUUGUAUUUAUCUUUGUUUCUUUAGGACCACAAACUCAAACUACCAACACAAACUCAAAAUAAAGCUCUGUUAACCAGA